UCAGCAGGGCGUUUCAAACCAGCUUAAACCGUAGCUGUCUCCCUUAUCUCUGAGCCGCUCCAUCCUGGUCAGGACUACACUUCUUUUUCGUGCAGGCAACAUGACAUUUUGAAGGGGUAAAAAUGAACAAACCCAAAAUGGCCACAGAAAAAGGUGUCCCCAGUAACUCAAGGGUGCUGAUGCUCUUGGGCCAACUGGAGAGGAUGAAUGGGGAGGCCAUGCUGAAGGAAGUUGAAAUGGCAAGACAGCUAACAACAAAGAUCCUUCAUCUCAUACAGACACAAGAGAAGAGCGGAAAAGAAGUGAUGUCCAAAGGCUCUAGUGGGAUGGAGGUCAUCCUGGCUUCACUGGAGAACACCAAAGAUGUCCAGACUGCCCUCAACAUCCUCUACAUUCUUAUUGAGCUGCUGACUGUGGGUAAAGGUCGCAGAGUGGGGGUGUUUGUGUCCAAAGGAGGAACAGGAAUAUUAUUGCAAGUUCUCAUCAAUGCCAGUAAAGAGUUGCCUCCGAAUGAGGAGCUCAUGCUGCAACUUCACUCAGUGCUGGCAAAAGUUGGUGUUAAAGACAGGAAGUUUGGAGUGAAGGCACGCUUGAGUGGGGCUCUGAAUGUCACCAUCAACCUUAUAAAGCAGAAUAUUCAGAAUAGCAAACUGCUUUUGCCAUGUCUACAGGUUCUCAGGGUUUACUCUACCAACUCGGUGAAUGCUAUUUCACUGGGCAAGAAUGGAGCGGUGGAACUGAUGUUCAAGAUUCUUGGACCCUACUGCAAGAAGACCACCAGCUUGCCCAAGGUAGCUCUGGACGCACUGGGAGCUCUGCUCAAAUCCAAAACUAAUGCUCGUCGUGCAGUGGAUGGUGGCCAUGUGCCAGUCUUGCUUGCUCUGUAUGGGGAUUGGCAUCGCAAUGACACGCGGCAUCGCCAUAUGCUGAUUCGUAAAGGCCUGUUGGUCUGCCUCAGGAACAUUACCAACAUUAAACUGGGGAGGAAGGCAUUUAUCGAAGGUGAUGGUAUGAGGAUCCUCUACAACUCAUCCACUGAGUGUCUCCCAGUGCGGACUCUGGAUCCUUUGGUCAACACUUCAAGUCUCAUCAUGAGAAAGUGUUUCCCUAAGAACCGCCUACCUCUGCCUACCAUUAAGUCAGCUUUCCACUACCAGCUGCCUCACGUACCUGCGGGAGGGCCUGUGGAACAGCUGUACAACCAGCCUCCUGGGGGAAAAACAAGCCAUCACCUCGGCAACAAGUUCUUAAAGAAGGUGGAUGAUGUGGUGGAUGAAAGUGAUGAUAACGACGAGGCCGAAGCAGAAGCAGACUCUGACAAUGACGAAGAUGAGAAAGAUGACUUCUUUCUGAAUGAUGACAUAGAAACAGACCUUAACAAGCUACAUCCCAAAAGCACCAUUGGCAGGCCAUUUGAGGAUUUGAUGCUCUAUCAGAGAUUCUUCUUAGAAUUAUCUGAAGACUUUCAGGGGUAUAACUUUGAAGGCUCAAAGAAUACUUCUCCUACAUCUUCAUCAGCAUUCCCCUCCUCAUCAUCAGGAUCGACUCGGUCCACUCAGCCAAUAGUGGUGCCCACAGCUCAAGGCCCGUCCUCAAAGAACCUCCCUGUAACAAGCCCUCCGGAGGUUUGCAACUCUAUCAAAGGACAUCACGUGAAGUCAUCUCCCUCUUAUCCCUCUCCUGCCCCGACUGCUCCUCUUACACCUCUGGACCUGGACUCCAUCCACCUCAGCAAGGACAAAGAUAAAAAAGUGGAGGCCACCAUUCCCACAGCAGAUGGCCAUACCACCUUGUCCUUGCUCAGCAAGUGUUCCUCACAAGGGCAGAUGAUAGAACAGGAACUCGUACAUCCAUUGGAGUCCGUCACACUGGAAGACAAGGGGGAUCUGGAUGCAGUUGAAGAGUCUGACGGAGUCAAACAAGACGGGUCUCCAGUCAAUGCUACGAGGCACAUACAGUCCCCUUUGUUCUUAGGUGGUAUUCCCAAAUGUCGUGUAGGAGGAGGGGGCAGUAACAGGGGCUCAGAUUGUGGCUCAGAGGGUACUGAAGAUGAAGGUGCGGUUCUUGAGGUGCCAGAUACCGCCCUCCUCCUCCCUCUGCAUGACCCUGACCUGUACGUGGAGAUGGUGAAGGGGACAAAAUCUGUCCCACAGUACACUGAAGUGGCUUACCCAGACUACUUUGGUCAUGUGGCACCAACAUUUAGGGAACCGCUUCUGGAAAGAGUUUAUGGUGUACAGAGAUCCAAGAUUUUCCAGGACAUUGAAAGGUUGAUUCAUCCUAAUGACAUCUUGGAUAAAGUAGUUUAUGACCUAGACAUUCCCAAUUGUCCCGUGAUUGAAGACAUUGGUGAAUCACUGAGGUUCAACUCUCAGUUUGAGUCUGGCAACCUCCGGAAGGCAGUUCAAGUUAGGAAGUACGAAUAUGACCUUGUGCUGAAUGCAGAUAUCAACAGUAAUCACUACCACCAGUGGUUUUACUUCGAAGUGAGCGGCAUGCGUGUCGGAACCCCGUAUCGCUUCAACAUCAUCAACUGUGAGAAGUCAAACAGCCAGUUUAACUAUGGCAUGCAGGUCCUGGUGUACUCUGUGCAAGAAGCCAUCAAUGGCAGGCCUUGCUGGGUCAGGACAGGAGCGGACAUCUGUUACUAUAAGAAUCACUUUGCAAGGAGUUCUAUUGGAGCUGGGGGACAAAAAGGAAAGUCUUAUUAUACAAUGACCUUCAGCACAAGCUUCAGUCAUAAGGAUGAUGUCUGUUACUUUGCCUAUCAUUACCCGUAUACAUACUCAACUCUUAAGAUGCAUCUUUCUAAACUGGAGACAUUGAGGACCCCUCAGAUCUACCUGAGACAAGACGAUCUGUGUGAAACGGUAGGGGGAAACGGCUGCCCGGUUCUCACCAUCACUGCCAUGCCGGAGUCCAACUCCAGCGAUCACAUUUGUCAGUUUCGGAAUCGCCCAUUGAUCUUCCUGACAGCCAGAGUGCACCCUGGAGAGACCAACGCCAGCUGGGUAAUGAAGGGCACGCUGGAGUUCCUGAUGGGCAGCAGCCCGCUGGCAGCCUGCCUGAGAGAGGCCUACAUCUUCAAGAUAAUCCCCAUGCUCAACCCUGAUGGAGUUAUUAAUGGAAAUCAUCGUUGUUCUCUGAGUGGAGAGGAUUUGAAUCGCCAGUGGCAGAACCCCAAUCCUGAGCUCCACCCCACCAUCUACCAUACUAAGAGUCUGCUGCAGUAUCUUGCACACAUACAAAGGGCACCGCUGGUGUUCUGCGAUUACCACGGCCAUUCCAGAAAGAAGAACGUGUUCAUGUACGGCUGCAGCGUGAAGGAAACUGUCUGGCAGUCCAAUAUAAGUGCAUCCUCAAGCGACUUACAGGAGAACCUUGGAUACAGGACGCUUCCCAAGAUCCUGUCCCAGAUUGCGCCAGUCUUCAGCAUGGCGAGCUGCAGUUUUGUUGUGGAGCGCUCCAAAGAGUCGACCGCCCGUGUGGUUGUGUGGAGAGAGAUUGGAGUACAACGCAGCUAUACUAUGGAGAGCACACUCUGUGGCUGUGACCAGGGGAAAUAUAAGGGUUAUCAAAUUGGUACCAGAGAGCUGGAGGAGAUGGGAGCUCAGUUCUGCAUGGCCCUCUUAAGGCUGAAGAGGUUGACAGGGCUCCACAAUCAUCAACAUCUGCUGGAUUUGGAGAACGAUGUCAUUGGAACGCAUACAAAAGUAGUCAGUAGCUGCUCCACCACUUAUGUGCUGGAGGAGGAUGAGCCGUCCUUCCUGGAGGCUAUAGACUACAGCGCGGAGAGCAACGACGAGGACGUGGAGCCUGAAAAUGAGCUUGGAGGCGAAGCUCACGAUCAGCUGUCAGACUCUGAAACUUUUCAGAGGGACUAGUACUGGCUGGGUCUAUAUUUAAGCAGUCCCUGGUUUGUUUGUUGAUGUAAAGCUAAACAUUUCACAGAUUAAAUGGUGAAAACACUCACCUCUCACUUUGUGUGGUGAAUAGUCUAGAGGCACACUUGAAACUGUUUGCUUUUCCCCCCGAUGGGUUUAUGUUAUUGACCUAGUAUAGCCGACUCGCUUCUGCUGAAUGUAUAUACUCCACCUGCCUUUCUCGCAUCAGUAACAGUAAGAAUCGUGAUGGAUUUCUUUGAAUGUUUUCACCUUUCACCACCAUAGUGAAGCCACUUGCACCUGUGAUGCUGUAAUGAAAGCCUCUUUUCAAGUGAUUGAGGGAAGUUGGAUUUCCUGCUCUGAUCAGCCCAGACAACAACCAACCUGCCUUCUUGACUUCUUAAUGAAACAAAUGUCAGAUCUUAUCACUUAUUUUGUGUUUAUGCAAAAAACAAAGACGGACUCAGACACAACUACACUCACAAAGCGACCCCACCUUGUCCCUGCUGUAACCCGUCCCUCACGGUACCAAACGGUGCACGACUCACCUAUGUGCUAUUAGCCUUUCUUUAACCAAAUCUGAGACUAUUUAUAUCACACGAAUGUAGAAUAUUCACAUCUUUAUGAAGUCGGAUCUUGUACAUCACAUGAAAUGCAGAUGUAAUCAUUAUAGAAGAACAGAGGCUUGAUUGGACUUUCUUGGUCAUGCAUAGCAGUUUAUUUACGUGAAAUGUGUAACGUACACAUACACUGUCAGUGUUAAUGUUGUUUUGAUGGUAGAUGGUAUUUUAAAGCAGCAAUGAACAAUAAGCAUGAGCUGCAGGGGAAAAUACAUACUCUUUUUGCACUUUCACAAACAAACACAUGAAACAAAAGCAAACUAAAGGUCAAGCUCAUUACACAGAUCACAUAGAGUAAAUCCAGAAGUUCUCAGAGCCCAGCCCAAAGCUCAUGGUCACAAUGUUGUGAUGGUUUAAAAAAAAAAUAGAUACGGGAAAGAUACUGGAAUUGUUUUUAUCAUUUGCUCUUGUAUAUUUUGUGAAUUUGUUGAGGAGAGUUCUGACUGUGGAAACAGAUGGCGCUGUGUAUAAGAUUAUGAAAUCAUUUGGAGCUUUCUUUUUAAGUCUGUGAAAAUGUGUUUAGGUAGCAUUUGUACAAAUAGAGCAUGGCCUUUUUUUAAGUUUAUAGAAUGUAUUCUGUAUGUUUAUAUUCAUCUUCUAGCAUGAGAGUGCAUAUUUUGUGUGUGUGUGUGUGUGUGUGUGUGUGUGUGUGUGUGUGCAGGAGUUUAAGUUAUUCCAUUGUUCAGCUCAACUAAUGCUCUCAAAGUGUUUUUCUUCUCUCAAUCUGAUUAUCUACUCUCUCUCUCUUUCAUCCUUUCCAAUAACUUUUUCUUUCCCUUCUUCCUCUGUCCUCAAUGGUUUUUUAUCAUUUUUCCACAUUUUGCUCAUGAACAUCUUACAAACCCAGUGCAGUUAUUUUUGAGGAUGUGUUCAUGUGAAAAAAAGAUGUGAAAUGAAACAUGUCAUGUUAUAUUUGUUUCUUUAGCUUUUUUAGUUUGUGUGUGCAUGGUGCUUCACUGUUCUUAUUUAAUUUGUUUGGUGGUAAACAAACAGCAGCUCAUUUCAAGUUGAUUGUAAGGCUGAAAAUCGAAGAUACGUGAAGAGUAAAGGCUUGGGAAAUAAAAUGCGAACAUGGAAAA